CGGGAGAGGCCGCGGUUUGAUUCCACCAAUCAGCGAGUUACAGACCGGACCACACAGACAGAGACAGGGACACGGCUUUUUUCUUAAAGUGCAACCAUGUCAAAUCAACUGGAAGAAUUACGCAAAGCUAAUAAGUGUCUCUUGGACCAUCUGAAAGUAAAACAUGACGAAUUUAAGAAGUUGCUGAAUCCCGCUGUAACUAGGGCAGACCCCCUGAUUAUCACAAAAUGGCUUCCUGAGAAGGAUGGGAAAGAAAAUCGAACUUUGAAUGGUUUUAGAAGACUUCGUGCCGCAAGAGGCCUGAACAACGACAAGGAUCCACUUCAAGUCUCUGUGCAAGGCCACACUUCAGCUGCUCGUAACUUGCUGUGCAGUUCUAGAAAAUCUGUACAGACCUUAGAAGAGUCUGGAAUUUCUAAACCGAUAGGAUUAACAGAAAAGACUAUGAAUUGCAAGAGACCAGAAACCCUGGGAAAGGAGCCUGAACAAGUCAUUAAACUCCAGUCUCCAGUAAAACGCCUGUCUCUUCUGAAUUCUUCGGAGGCCUUCCCUGAUGCAAGCAUCCAAUACACAUCCCAGCAAUAUGCCCACCGAUUAACAGACGAAGGCAACCUCCGGACUCCCAAAUCUAUUCUCGUUACACCAAAGAGCAGAGAUAUAAAGAGAGACGCUGGCCAUGUCACGUUUUUGUCUAGUACCAAAAACAAUCAACCAGCAACAUGGUCAACGCACCCACUGCUUGGUUACGACUGGAUAGCUGGUGUCCUAGAACUGGACUCCCCGAUCACCGAUAAGUCUGAUCAAUUCUUCUCUGAGAUCCAGGAAUUCAGACGUGUUAACAGGGAGGAGUGUGUGCUAGAUUUUUAUACUGAAGCAGAAGAUCUGGAUUCUGUUGAGUCAGAAGAAGAAUUGGAUGUCUCUCUAGACACUCAUCAAUGUGUCUACUGUUAUCGAGUAAAUAAUCGCUUGUUUACAUCUCCUAUUGGUCCAGUGUCUGCCUGUCCUAUCUGUAAAAAGCGCAGAUCUAGACGUCCACCUACAGUAGAGGAGCCUGCAUAUAUCCGGGUGAGCAUCCCCAGAUCUACUCUUCUGCCUCCAUAUAAAUACAAAGCUCACCGACGAAAAAGCUUUGAUCCCACAGACAGCCUUGCAUUACCAUCACACUGUUUGGCCGGAUGGGAACAUUCUGUUCCUUCUUAUGAGCGACGUGCGACCAGCUUGGAUCUUAAAGCCUCAUUGGAUCCAAAAACUGUUCCCGCAGUAACCACAACCACUUCUUACCUGGGAGGAGAAACAACGCAACCAGCGAGUUCUAUAUACAACGAUAGUGUAUCUUAUUUCGCCUCAAGAGCCCGAUCAGAAAAUCUCCUCAAUAUGUCUCGUGCCUCCUUUUUCCAACGCAAUAAAACCAAAUAAGUGAAGACUGGUGGUAGCUACUUCAACCCUUAUCUGUUCUGUUAAUAUCGUUUUAAUGGAGCUACAUAGUAGCCAAUAAAAAUUGUCAAACUAAAUUGCAGCAAAAUUAUUACCAAUAGCAGACAAUCCCUGCACCAAAACUAAAGUAUCCAUCUCUUCUUAAACUUGUUAAUAAGUCUCCAAAACCUGACUUAUUUAUACUUUUCUAGCACUAGAAUUGGUAAUUAUCCUAUCUCAAUAAGAUAUAAGAACAAUUAUUUUAUUUAUUUUUAAUUCUUCCACCAACUUCAAGUUUAUGAAAGUCUUUAGAUUCUCUGUAAAGUAUGAAAGGUCUUUCUACCUCCCCCACGUGUUUUGAAUGUAAAGCUUUUAUCUGUGCAGAGCAGAAGACGUAACCUGUUUCUGGUGGUUGUGCUGCUGAGUAAAAUCGCUCUUUGGAUCGUUUUCAAUCUUCUUAUUGAAAUGACUCUAUGUACUGCGCAAAAAGGGACAGAAUGAGAGGGAAACUGUUGCAUGCUGUCUUUAACAGAAAGCCGUUUCAGGUUUCUAAUAUGAAAUCUGAAACCUGUACUCUAGUUUCCUUGACUGCUACACUUUACAUUGUCUGCCAUGGGGCCAGUGUCCGCACAUUUUGAGAUCUUUGAAGCUGCGGUCGUGCUCAACAAUAUCUCUCGACCUGUCUUUCAAUUGGUUAAUGUGAUCAAAAAUGUGUACCUACUGUGAUAGAUUGCCUUGUUCCCCUGAAGGCUAAAUAUUGGAUAAGUAUCCAAUCACUGAUAAAAACUAAAAAUGGGAUUAUUAAAUGGCUCUGUGUGAAUAAUGGACAUCGGUUUCAGGUAUUUUACUAUUUUAUAUAAAUACAUAGCAACUGUUUAUUCUAAAAGUGAAUCAUUUAUAAUGUG